CACGACCACGACAGCAAGGCAGCCCAGGAUGAAACGCCCUGCCAUAGAACAAGCGGAUAUACAGCGUCCUCGCACUCGUCGUCGAGUGAUAUCCCAGCAAGCCCUUCAAAAUCAGAUUUUACCAAACCAGCCUCACGCCAGCCUUGUGGCCGAUGACGAGAGUAUCCUCUCUGCAGUCAAGAAGCCCCAAGAGUCGCCCAAUAAUACUCGACAAAACUUGAUCACCACUCCACGCAAGAGCAUCGAAAGCACGCCCAUCGAGAAGAUAAAGGUAGAAACACCGCAAGAAAAGCCCAAGACCGUCGAAGUAGUCCUAGAACGAACAGUCACCAAGGUCGACGACCAACCAUUACAGCGCCGGCCGCUACGCCGCCUAAGAAUAGUUCCUCUCAAAGAUCCAGCUAUACAAAAUGGAUUGGGUGAAACAGACUCGACAUUGAGCACUCCGAUAAUGAGUCCGGUCGGACUGCGAGCCCCACCAUGCUCUCCUAGCCGGGAUGGGCAAAGUGACCGAGACGACGAUUCGGCCUUCCCUCCACUAUUAAAAAAAUCUAAAGACUCUGAUGUAAAAGUUCCUAUUGUAGAUUUGGCCAAAAUCCCCCCUUCACCCACACCCGUCACCCAGUUGCUCGAACCUGAUCACACCCCGCCCACUCCGCCCUACUAUGUUCAACAUUUUGAGCAUCCAGAACUUCUUCCUUACGACGCAGAGAGAUAUGAUUUCGGUGUUGCAGCCCCUAACGCCAAUACCUAUACCCGAAAGGCCCGGUUUCAGAAAUCGAAGAAGAGACAAAAGAAUAAAGGCGUCUGGUCUUUUACAAACUGCGAGGAGUAUCCACGGGGCGAGACACCGCUAUUUGAGAUAGAGAAAGACGACGAUGACGACGACCUCGGAAAGACGUCCGCCCUAGGUCUAUCGUUACAAGCAGACCAUUCAAAAGAGGAAACAGACAUGGAAAGCGACGAUGAGGCGGAGAUAUUACGUGAUCCGGGCAUUCCGAUAUCUCUUGCGGUGGGGAUCGACUCUAGUGGCAGAUAUGUUUGUCGUUGGGGUGAUUGCAAUAAGACUUUUGCCCGAAACGAUCACUUGGAACAUCGUUGUGAUCCAUGCGGUAUUGCUUUCAUUGGAGUAAGAGGAUUACGAAAUCACGAAAAACAACAUGUUGGUGGUGCUUCUGGGGCUAUCACUCACGCCAAUGAUAGCAGCCAGAGCCAGAGCCAUGUUAGCCAUCCUAGCACUGCUGCCGGAACAGUCGCUUCCAUGGACGACGGUGGCGAAGAUGGCGAUGCUUCUGCCGACGAAGAAAUGGCUGUCAUUAAUACGAUCAACGAAUCAUAUCUAGAACCAGAAGUGGAGGAGGAAGAUACAUGA